GCAAAUAAACUCAGUCAAUUAAACACAGCAAGCUGAGCGAAGUGACUGAAGUUUAAAUAUGUUCAAUCUCAUUCAAUUGUUGGAUAAUAAAUUUCAAAUAUAAAUGAAGAGAUCUGACAGGUAUUUUAAUUAUAAGCGAAUAUUGAUAAUGAAAAUGUUGAAAUUUAAAUCUCUGAGUCUAUAGGAAGUUCAAUGAAAGAAUCAAGCGUUCGUCAUUGACAAUGAUUUCAUGUUACUUGGCGCAGAAAUUACCUUAAUAAUAAACACAUAGUGAAGGAACAGGAACAUACACUAACCGAUUACAAUAUCUCAAUCAAAACUUUGAUUAAAAUUAGUAUUGCAAACCAAAGGAUUAUAUUACUAACGUGACUGAAAAACAACCAGGAAAUGGACAUAUUGACGUCACACGUACGGAAAGACUCGCUGCAACGUCACGCCAAUUUUGACGUCGUUUCCAUGGCACGCUGUUGAUGCGUCAUUGCAUGGACGUAACAUCAGACAGUUAGACAACAAGAAAGCGGUUAAGGACGAUGUAGUGAUCACGGCGGACACACACUGGUGCCCCUGCAACACCAAUCAUGACGUAUGAUAAGGUCCAUUAUACGAUGAACCGUCACCAUAACAUGGACGGUGAUUUCUCUGGAGCUGAAACUGGGACCCCCUUUCUUGCAGGGGAGAAAUGUUCAUUAAAAAAGCCUAGGGGUAGACGGAAAAAGGGCACUAAGGAAAUUAACCUUCGUAACAUAGCGGAGGGCCUUGAGUCUACCGGAAACGUCGACACGGUGAUGACAGUGGUUAACGGGGGAAGCGAGGAUGACAGCGGCUGCUCGUCUGUCUCCAGAGAUCAGCGGUCGUCCACGGACACUGACAAUUUUCAGGCUAAAGAACUGAACAACAUUGAAAGGAUUUCAAUCAAUAAUGUGAAACCUAAAACUCAUCGAAACUUAGUGGCUAACGAAAUCCGUGUUGAGAAAGAAAGCGAGGAAGUUCUGAACGAAUUUAGAGUUAAGAUAAAUACAAAAAACCAGACUGUGCCAAAUCUGCACCUCAGGGAUCGCGAUGAAUAUGGGAGUGAUCAUGUGACAUGUAAUGAAAUAAGGCGGCAAUCGAACAGAUUAAGUAGUUCUGAAAAAGAUGUUAAACUUCAAGCAGUCCGGAAAUGCGCCCAUAUGCUGCAUAAAAACGGUCCGGGGAGAGAUAUUGACUUGCAGAAAAAGUUUAAGAACUUUAAAAAUGAUGAAGUUUGUAUUAUUUGUGAGAUCACGGAGGCUACCGCAAAUUAUGCAUCUGUUGAGGCCAACCGGAUGUUGAUGGAGAUUGUUUAUCCGCAUGACUUCUACGACAAAUUCCAACGGUCGGGCAAAGCGAAAGGACAGUCGAGUGUUCAAAAGACGAACUCUGUAACAAAAGACAGUAUUAACUUUUGUCGACCGGCUAAAUUGUCACCCAAGCUUGGUCGGCGCGGACGUACGAUGCUACUUCCGGCAACAGAUCGGCCGGAACCAUCGGUAAACACCUCCGCGAAAGAUAACCAUCGGACGUGGGCGUCCACAGAACGCCUCAGCACAGACGCGUGUGUCCCGGAGAAGCGGUGGCGGUCAGAUGCUUACACGGAGAAAAAGAAUAUCCACACGCAGUGUCGCGAGCGGCCGAAUGCCGUGGUGGUUACCGACGACACGGAUGGACAAAAACUCGUGCUAAAGGGGCUGCGUGGCUGGCUUAUGAAGAAGGAAGAGGCUCCCAGGACCUCUCGAGACUUUAAAGAUAUAAAGAAGUCAGCUUUCUACAAAGUUAGCAGUUUGGGAAUACAGUUCGGUAUCCCGGAAUACAACACGACGCUGCAUGAGCGGAAGUUGACCACCCCCCCAACCUCGGCCCGCCUCAACGACACUCAACAGUCAAUAAAACGACCCGCCACCCAGAUAAAUAGCGAACGUCAUCAGCCUUCAGCCAAUCAAAUUUUGUCACGUGAUAUUCACUCAGUUCCAACGCAUACAAGGGCGGUUAAUUCUGGGACUUACCCAAGGUCGAUUAUGCACGUGUCGAAACUUUUCGCAGACACUGCAAUGUCAGACGUUAGCACAUCGGAGUCUAAGAGUGUACGUAAUACAACAAACGACUCGCAAAAUCUACAAUCAUCUCUUCAAAUACAAAAGACAAAAUUUUCACUCCCGCCCAUAAAUCAUGACCUCAAAACAAGAUCGGUAACUCUUACUCAGUUUUAGUGACAAUAUUUUACCGAUCAAGUGCAAUAUUUUGUAGUUGAUAUUUAAUUACAUAACGUGCACUCGUAUCAUUAAUAUUA